GUGAGCAAGUCGCACACCGACUCCACUGGGCUCCGGUCCUCUGCAAACUAGGGAGACGCUUUGGCUCGUCACCCUAGUCAAAAACAACUAGCUAAAUUUUGCACACUCAAGGUGCACAAAAAUAAAGCUUAAAAUGGAGUUCUCUCUGCUAUAUAUUGUGGCACUGCUGAGCUGUGCUGCAGCCCUCCAGGCGUCCUCUGCGGACGAGCUGGCCACGGCCGCCUCACACACAGCUCCGCGGCACACGCUGCAUCUCCACCUCUCCGUGGACGAGCUGCGCCACGUGUUCGCCGUCGAGCGCCACGAGGACGUGCCAGAGUACGACCUCUUCCACGUGAGCUCCAGACGAAAGCGCAGCCUCAACGGCCGGCACCGGCGCAGCGUUCACGUGCAAGCGUUCGGUGACCAGGUCGACCUGGACCUGGAGAUGAACCGCGAGAUCGACAACCACAUCCGGCUCUUCUACGCCGACGGCGCCGAUAGCGACAUCAACAUCGAGCGCGUCGAGGGCGACACGGACAUGUACGUGGGCGAGCCGUACCAGGACGUGAGUCGCGAGGCGGCGCUGCUGGUCAACCACGCCGACGACGACACGCUGCAGCUGAACGGCGUGGUGUCCGACCUGGUGAUCGCGCCGGCACCGAGGCGCGUGCACCACCACUACCCGUCGUCCCAUGACGACGACGCGCUGCUGGCUGACGACCAGGAGCCGCUGGACGGGUCCGAGAGCCACGACAGCACGGCCCGGCUGCGCCAGCGCCGCUCGACACCGCCGGUCACACGAGGACUGCACGUCAUCUACAAGCGCGCCGCCUCGCCGUCGUCGUCCACCGGCUCAGCUCCCAUCGACCACGAAGACUCGCUGCUGGUGGAGAAAGAGCCGGCCGCCAGCGAUUCUGAUCCUAUUACUAAGUCUUCUAGUCGCCAAAAACGCGACACCUCUGAUCUUUACCCAGAGGUGUUACUGAUCGUUGACUACGAAACUUAUGCUGCGCACAACUUUCAAGCGAAGGCUGUCAAGCGCUAUUUGAUGAGCUUCAUGAACGCCGUGGACCUGCGUUAUAAAUCGGUAAGGUAUCCUUCCAUCACUCUCAAGGUGGCUGGCAUUGUCAUCAGCAAGACCAAGAGCGCUACGCCCUACUUGGAGAAGCACAUGAUCGGCGGGAAGGCGCUGAGUGCGAUCGCUGCCCUCGAGUCGAUCGGCCAGUACCUGUACACGGAGAAGCGGCUGCCGAGCUACGACCUGGCCAUGGUGUUGACCAAGCGCGACAUGUGCACGCCCAGCGGCCCGUGGGGACUCUGCAACAAGAUCACCGCCGGGUACGCCUACGUGGGAGGCGGGUGCAGCAUCAGCAGGUACUUCCACAAGAUCAACUCGGUGGCUCUGGUGGAGGACUCGACUGGUUUCUCCGGCAUCAUCGUGGCCGCGCACGAGAUCGGACAUCUGCUGGGAGCCGUGCACGAUGGCUCGCCGCCGGCAGCGUACCUGGGCGGGCCAGGGGCCAGCUCCUGUCCCUGGAGGGACGGCUAUAUCAUGUCGGACCUGCGGCGGGACCAAAGGGGUCUCCAGUGGUCCGUCUGCAGCCUCAAUCAGUUCGCUCACUUCGCCAGUGAUGAACGGUCUCGAUGCAUGCACAACUAUCCGUCAAAGUCAGGACAUUUGAAGUCAGGCACUGCACUGCCUGGGAAGCUCCUAAGCGUGGACGCGCAGUGCAAGCGGGACCGCGGCUCGAGCGCCUGUUUCAAGGACCAGCGCGUGUGCGCCGAGCUGUACUGCUUCGAGCCGUCCAGCGGCUACUGCGUGUCGUACCGGCCGGCGGCAGAGGGCUCCGCCUGCGGCCGCGGUCUGCACUGUAUCAACGGCCAGUGCGUGGCCGACAGCUUCUACUACUAGCUGUCGCUGCUGCUGCUGCUGCGGUUGUUACGUGCAGGCUGGCCCGCGGGCGGGUGCAGCCAUCUCUCAGGUACCUGACACACCUUUCCAUUAACCAUGAGAUUAGUACCACGGUUGUUUUCUGUGAUUCGUGUCAUGUAGUUGCUCUUACAUGCUCAUUCCAACACUGCCAUCAUCGAGAUAGACAUUCUGAUGUGCCAUCUGAUAGGGCUAGGUUUGCUGAGAAAUGAUUUGUUUUUGUGUAUACAUGUACAUGAUCUCCCAUGCAUUUUGCAUCGGUUUGUAGGAGUUCCUUCAAAC